GCAGAACAUUGAGAACAACAUGGCGUCUGCCAGGCCUUCCAGAAGUGGAGAAAGACGUGGGAAAAAGCAACAGAAAAAGGCGUUUAAAGAGUCUAACAGACCAAUUCGUCCAGAGGAAGAGGCAGGCCUUCUUUCUAGUGGAGCAGAAGACUACAACGAGCUAACACCGAGUGAAAUGGACCCGGAGCAAGCCCAGGAGACCGUGCAAAGACUUCAAAGAAAAUAUUUUCAUAAGCAUGAAGGCGAGGAAGAAGAGAGAGUUGAUGGCGAGAAGGAGCUGUCACUGAUGAUCAGUCCUAGCAAGAAGAGAGAGGAGGAAGCUGAGGAGACUGAAGGAGAGGCUAAAACUUUGAAGACUCAGACAAGAAAGCUUCGCUCUUCUAACAAGGAGAACAAAUCCAUCGUUACUUCAUCACGGAAGAAAAAGAGUGAGAAAAAGGUCACCGUUAGCCAAGAAGAAUCUAAGGAAAAAGACGAAGAGGAGAAGUCAAAAGGUGAUGCCGAAGGUGUUACACCUAAUGCUAGUACAUAUUUAGACUCGAUCCUCACUCCUGAUCAUAAGUCCACACCGUACACUAAACGUGGAUCAAUAACGAAGCGACACUCUAAUUUUGGAUUCAGUCGUUUGGUCGAGACUCUUGAUAGUCCAGAAUCGUCUUUGAAAAGUUCUCUCCCAUCGCCCUCUCACGCUAACAUCAACUCAUUUGCUUUCCCUUCUCCGUCUCAGAGUCCCUCCCCUAAAGUAACUGCCGGUUCAACUGUUACUGGAGCAACUAAGAAAGGAGGUGCUGUGAAGGCUCUUACUUUUAGUGAUGUGGAUAGUCUUUCUGUUGAUCAGAAGGAAAAGCAGAAGAAGCAUAAAGGAGCUAAGAAGAAAAGUAAAGAGCAUCAGAGUAAUGAGUUUGACGAUUUGGUGGAAUCAAUCAAUAGAGAGUUUAGAGAAAUUGAACAGUACGAGCUAAUUAUUGAUGAUAGUAAUUAACUUAGCAGACUACAAUAAAACAAUACUAAUCUAAUAAUCAAUGACUCCGUAUUACAAUCAUUGUUGUUAUUAUUAUUAUCAGCAUAAUCAUU